UCCUGCCCACUUGUUUGCAUUGUGACACAUGCUUCAGUGCUCUGAGAGUGUUUAUAGUGCUGUGAGUUUAACACUUCAUGACUGAGAGCAGAACAGACACAAUCUUCAUCAUCACACAAGACAAAAGAACAACAAUGAACACAAUCACCUUCUUCAUCUGGACUCUCACACUGUUUGCUCAAGAGUGUAGAGGACAGUACACUGUAACUCAGAGUCCAGCAAUACUAGCAGCUCAACCAGGACAAGAAGUGAGAAUAAACUGUAAAACCAGCAGUGCAGUGUGUGGUAAUCGUUUAGCCUGGUACUUACAGAAAUCUGGAGAUGCUCCUAAACUCCUCAUAUAUGAUGCUACAAGCCGUAAUACUGGAACUCCAUCUAGAUUCAGUGGCAGUGGAUCUGGCAGUGAUUUCACUCUGACCAUCAGUGGAGUCCAGACUGAAGAUACAGGAGAUUAUUACUGUCAGAGUUUACACUGUCCUGGUAGUAGUUGGGUGUUCACACACUCCUGUCCGUCAUCUGCCUGCGAUAUCUGCAAGAGAAAAGACAAGUAUCACUCCAAACAGAACACAAUCUUCAUCAUCACACAAGACAAAAGAACAACAAUGAACACAAUCACCUUCUUCAUCUGGACUCUCACACUGUUUGCUCAAGAGUGUAGAGGACAGAUCACUGUAACUCAGAGUCCAUCAACAAUAACAGCUCAACCAGGACAAGAAGUCAGAAUAAACUGUAAAACCAGCAGUGCAGUGUAUGAUGGUGAUCGUUUAGCCUGGUACUUACAGAAACCUGGAGAAGCUCCUAAACUCCUGAUUUAUUAUAUAAACACCCGCCAGUCAGGAACUCCAUCUAGAUUCAGUGGCAGUGGAUCUGGCAGUGAUUUCACUCUGACCAUCAGUGGAGUCCAGACUGAAGAUACAGGAGAUUAUUACUGUCAGAGUUGGCACUAUCCAAACAGUAAAUGGGUGUUCACACAGUGA